AUGUCGGCUCCUGAAGGCUUUAAAAAGGUCAGUGAAGACGCACAUAAAUCAAAUCAAGAAAUCAAUUCUAAUCCAUACGGGCCAAACCCAGCAGACUUCUUAUCCAAUGUUUCAAACUUUCAAUUAAUCGAAUCUACGUUAAGAGAAGGUGAGCAGUUCGCAAAUGCCUUCUUUUCAACUGAGAAAAAGAUUGAGAUCGCUAAGGCUUUAGAUGAAUUUGGUGUCGAUUAUAUUGAAUUGACAUCACCAGUUGCUUCUGAACAGAGUAGAAAGGACUGUGAAGCCAUUUGUAAAUUAGGUUUAAAGGCCAAGAUCUUAACACACAUUAGAUGUCAUAUGGAUGACGCAAGAGUUGCAGUCGAGACUGGUGUUGAUGGUGUCGAUGUUGUCAUCGGUACAUCUCAAUUCUUGAGACAAUUUUCUCACGGUAAGGAUAUGAACUACAUUGCGGAAUCUGCCGUUGAAGUUAUUGAAUUCGUUAAAUCCAAGGGUAUAGAAAUCAGGUUCUCGUCUGAAGAUUCCUUUAGAUCUGACUUGGUUGAUUUAUUGAAUAUCUACAAGACAGUCGAUAAGAUUGGUGUCAAUAGAGUGGGUAUUGCCGACACUGUGGGUUGUGCUAAUCCAAGACAAGUCUACGAAUUAGUUAGAACUUUAAGAUCUGUUGUUCAUUGUGAUAUUGAAUGUCAUUUCCAUAACGAUACUGGUUGUGCCAUUGCCAAUGCCUACACUGCUUUGGAAGGUGGUGCUAGACUCAUAGAUGUAUCAGUUCUUGGUAUCGGUGAAAGAAACGGUAUUACUCCUUUGGGUGGCUUGAUGGCCAGAAUGGUUGCUGCUGACAGAGAUUAUGUUUUAUCCAAAUAUAAAUUGCAUAAAUUAAGAGACUUGGAAAACUUGGUUGCUGAAGCGGUUCAGGUUAAUAUUCCAUUCAAUAAUCCUAUUACUGGAUUCUGUGCAUUCACCCAUAAAGCUGGUAUUCAUGCUAAAGCUAUUUUGGCUAAUCCUUCGACAUACGAAAUUUUAAGUCCUGCAGAUUUUGGGUUGACUAGAUACAUUCAUUUCGCCAACAGAUUAACUGGUUGGAAUGCUAUCAAGUCAAGAGUUGAUCAAUUAAACUUACAAUUAUCUGAUGAGCAAUGUAAGGAAGUCACCAACAAGAUUAAGAAAUUGGGUGAUGUUAGACAGUUGACCAUUGAUGACGUCGAUUCCAUUAUCAAAGAUUUCCAUGCUGAUGUUGCUACUCCUCAUGUGAGACCAACGGAACCUGUUCCCCAUGUGAUUGAAGGCUUGGAAGAAUCGGAUGUUAAGAGAUCUAAAAAUUAA